GACGAAGACAUCCCAGUGGUCAUGGAGCCCGACGAGAUAGUCCCGGUGGUCGAGGAGGGCCCUGCCGUCGUCCCGAUGGACAUUUCCGGCGAGGUGGCAGCCGAGAGCAAUGCGGCGGCCCAGGGAGGUAAGGCCAUCAAGGACCACAUCGAUCUGGAGUCGGCGGAGAACAAGAAGGCUUCGCCCAAAGACCUGAAAGAGAUCGCCGGGAGCUUCUGGGCCGCCUCCGUGUUCAGCAAGAAGUGGCACAAGUGGCGCCGCAAGCAGAAGCUCAAGAAGGAGGCUACCUUGAGCAAGGGCGCGGCAGCGGCAAUGCCCCCUCCGGAGAAGCGCUCUAAAGCGUCGUUCUUUGGCCGGAGCCGCCUCCGUGGGGAGGCAGGCACCGAGCUCGCCGGUGGGCGGCGCUCGUGCGACACCGACCCGCGUUUCUCCCUGGACGCCUCGCGCAUGUCCAUCGAUGACGCCGGCUUCUCGUGGGACGAGCCCCGCGCGUCGUGGGAUGGAUACCUGUUCGGCGCCGGCGCCGGCGCCGGCAUUGGCCUCGGGCGCGCGCCUCCGCCGCUCUCCCGCCUCCCUCCCAUCCUGUCCGUCCUGGAGGACACACCGGCCGACAUCGUCGAGCGCUCCGACGGCCAAAUCCCUGUGGAAGACGACUUCGACCCCGAGCCGCCAGGUGGGUCCUUGCAGACCAGAGACUACUACCUGGACUCCUCCAGCCGCAGGCGGCGGAGCCUGGAACGAUCAAGCUCCGUACGCAGGCCGUCAUUCGAGGUGACGGAUCCAAGGCCUAUGGCGCCCGCGGUAAUAAAUGGGAGGGUGUCCCCAGUUGGCGGUUCAGAGUUCUACCACUUCCACCACGCGGAGGACUUGCUCGACCGCGGCUUCAGCUCCAACUCCCUCAUCGAGGACAUCUCCGCGAGCCUGGAGGCGGCGCUGUCCGGGUCCGGCCCCGCCAAGAAGCCACGGCGGUGGCGCAAGGCGUGGAGCCUCUGGGGGCUCAUCCACCGCCGCGCCGCCGGGCGCAGGGGCGGGGGCCCGUCGGACAUCGCCGACCGCUCCUUCUCCGAGCCGUGGCCGGACCUGCGCGUCCGCGGAGCCAACCCCAAGGUGCAGCGGUGCAACAGCAGCCUGAGCGCGCGCAGCUCGUUCAGCAGCAACAGCGGCGGGCUCGGCAGCUCCAGGCGCAGCAGCAGCUACGUGGACGCCAGCGUGAGGCGGAGGGAGGAGCCGCACGCGCAGCUGGAGCGGAACCGCAGCGCGCGCUACUCGCCCGGGCGCGCCGCCACGGCGGACAACGGCAUGCUGCGUUUCUACCUGACGCCGAUGCGGAGCGGCACUGGGCGGCCACGCGGAGCCGGCCUGCCGACCAAGGCCGGCAGCGUGCUCCGCCUGUACUAGGAGGCGCCAGGUUCUUUUGUCUAAUCUGCAUGUUCCUCGUCUGGGGUUCGUUCUUGUGCCAUAAAUCUUGGUGUAUUGUAAUGUAAUCUGUCGUUCUUGUUCAUUUUGGGGAUUGGACAUCAUCUCGCAUGUCCAGUCCAGUCAAGUCACGAGGGUUUCUUUUCCUUCCGUGAGUUAUUUGUGGUUCCAUCAGCAUAUAUGGUUCGACCUAAAUUUGGAGGGAAACACGUUCUAAUCCUGC